AUGCUUCGGGGUAAGACGCUCCACCUCGCGCAGCUGCUCCUCACAGUAGCACCUGCAUUCAUCACCUACGGAUAUAAUCAAGCUGGAGUGGCGCCACUUGCAAGUCUGCAGUCAUGGGUCAUACAUUUCCCAGAAAUUGACACAGUCGGCACAGAGGGUGCAAUCAAACAGAGGAAUUCGACACGGAAGGGUGCAGUCAUUGCCUCUCUUCAACUGGGCGCCCUUAUGGGUGCGCUCUCAUGCGCCUACUUUGGUGAUCGCCUUGGUCGACGCAAGACUAUAUUUAUGGCUGCUGUUAUCACUAUCAUUGGAGAAUUGCUGCAGACUUCAUCCUAUGAUAUAAUUCAGUUUACCCUUGGCCGAGUCAUCCUGGGGAUUGGCAUCGGGCAACUCAGUGCUACUGUUCCGGUGUGGCAGGCUGAAUGUAGUUCAGCGAAGCAUCGUGGCCAACAUGUCGUGGUUGAUGGAAUCUGCAUGGUACUGGGCUUCGUGAUCACCAAUUGGGUGGAUUACGGCUUCAGCAAGACGAAUGGAGAAACACAGUGGCGUGUUCCAUUGGCGCUGUCUUUGAUCUUCCCCCUGACCAUUCUUGGGUCUGUAUUCCUGCUGCCUGAGUCACCACGAUGGCUGGUCUUCGUAUCUAGAACGGACGAAGCAGCAAAAAGUUUGGCGGCUUACAGAGAUCUCUCUGUCAACGAUGAAGCAGUGCAGACAGAAAUUGCGACUAUAGAAUCGUCUCUGGAACUCACUGCACAAUCAAAGAGCCUCACGUUCCGAGAGCUAUUUCUAGGGAGUGAUGAGGAACGUCUCCUAUAUCGAUUUGCUCUCUGCCUCGUCAUUCAAUUUUUCCAGCAGAUGUGUGGCGGCAACCUGAUCUCGACUUAUAUCUCGACAAUUUUCGAGGAAAACCUACAUCUAGGCUCAGAAUUGUCUCGAAUUCUCGGCGCCAGUGCACUGACAUGGAAGUUUGUCUGUAACUUCAUCCCCUUCUUCGCAAUUGACCGACUCGGCCGGCGCAAGGUGUUUAUCAUUAGUGGUGCCGGCAUGUCUCUUUGCAUGAUAGUAUUGGCUAUUACAACAAGUUUCGAGAAUGCCUCUAGGGGACUGUCAAUUGUGUCUGUGGCCUUCAUCUGGCUUUUCAACAUGUUCUACCCAAUUGGCUUCUCCGGCGCAAACUUCCUUUACUGCACCGAAGUUGCUCCAAUGCGUUUACGUGUUGCUAUGUCGUCUGCAUCCACGGCGAAUAAAUGGCUUUGGAACUUUAUCGUGGUGAUGAUUACACCUGUUGCACUUGACACAAUUGGGUGGAAAUACUAUAUCAUCUACGCCGUCAUUUCGGCGUGCAUUCCUGUCACAGUAUAUCUUUUCUACCCAGAAACAAUGGGUCGAAAUCUCGAGGCCUUGAAUCAUAUUUUCCGCGAUGCCCCCUCCCCUUGGCAUAUUGUAGCUAUGGCAAGAAAGCUUCCUCAGGGAGAUUUGCCAGAUGUGCAUAUUCAAGAGCCGGGGGAGAAGGUGAUGGUGGAGCUGAAGGAGCAUGCUUAG